UGUGCAAGAGAGACGUUGACGAUAUACUCAUGUCGCCGCUAGCCGUUAACACCGACGAUUUGAUUGUGGUACCAAUGCCGAUUUUAGAAUUUCGAUAUUUUGAUGUAUUGCCUAAAAAAAUUCGGCUCCAAAACAAUGGACUAACAAACACGAGUUGGAAAUGCAUCUAAUAUUUUUCAAAGGGUCGUGUCAGACAAUUUUUGAAGCUGAAUCAGUAAAAAAUGGUAUUGUAACAUUGGCAUAUUUAUUUGACGUCACAGAUAACCAACACCCAGGCAUUAAUCACAUAACUACUUAUUUGAAUAGUGUACGAACGUCUGGACAAACGUCUAGAAUACCCGUUUUUCCGUUAAGCCAUGUGAUUCAUAAUCAACCUGUCGAGUACUUUACGUAUUCUGGCAAAAUCGAUAAACGCGGAUGUGAGUGUAGUGUAACUCAGUGGAUAGUUUUCACUAAAACAAGCGAAGUAAAUCGAGAACAGAUGAAUCAGUUUCAUAGUAUGCUGAACAAACACGGUCGUGCGAUUAAUAGGAAUUAUCGAAAGGCCAACCCGGUGCCAGCCGGUAUCAAAAUUCGUCCUUUCCUGGUUAUGUUAAACGGCUUCCACAGCGACUCCUCGACGGACGGCGACGUCACGUCGGCAGCGGCGUUGCAGGCGGUCGUAUGCCGAUCACGUUCCGAUAAACGAACGCAGACAUCGGGACGCCGAUCGUUGACUGUCAUCACAUCGGUCGGUGGCGGCUGUAAUUCGCGCUGGCCCCUGUCCGUCAAGUCCAAUAAGACGCAGCUGUUGCGGCGGAUGUUCAACUUGAACAAGCUGUCGGUCCACUCGGUCCACAAUUAUUGGCCACCGACUACGAAGACGAUUGCCUUAAACAAUCGCAAGUCGUUCGAACACGCGCAGAGAGCGACUGACGCGAAAACCAAAAACAAUUUGCGGCCGUCAUCGCUGUCGUUGGUCAACGCGACCAGACCGUCGUGGAAGUAA